UAUUACAUAAACAAAUGCAAAUAUUACAUUUUUUUUUCUAAUUUUAGUUAAUUUUCACAUUCGAUAAAAAACAAGAUAAUUAUUUUAAAUACAACAAUUUAAGAAAAUGCAAGUAUCAAAUUUAUUAACGAAAUCAGAGAGUUUAGUGCGCUUCCAAUGCAUCUACCGUCGUUAUGUAAGUAAUAAAUUUGUGCCGCAGCAUCAACCAGCCACGGCAAAGGAAGUGCAAAAAUUAGAAAAUUUUCUCAGGGACAAGCAAAGAGUUUUAGUUUUAACGGGUGCAGGCGUUUCUACGGAAAGUGGAAUACCAGAUUAUCGUUCAGAAGGCGUUGGAUUGUAUGCUCGCAGUAAUUCGCGUCCGGUGCAACAUUUGGAAUUUAUUCGUUCGCCAAAAAUUCGACAACGGUAUUGGGCGCGGAAUUUUGUCGCUUGGCCACAUUUCUCGAAUAUAAAACCGAAUGAAACACACAAAGCAUUGGCUCGGCUCCAACGCAAUGGUAUAAUCGGAUCGAUAGUUACGCAAAAUGUUGACAGACUUCAUACGAAAGGCGGUAGCAAGGACGUUUUGGAGUUGCACGGUUGCGGAUACAAAGUGAUUUGUUUGGGUUCUCAUUGUGACUAUUACAUAGACAGGCACGAGCUGCAAUUGAUUUUCAAUGCGAUGAAUCAAAAUUUAAUGGAUGAAGUUGAUUUGAUGCGGCCAGAUGGCGAUGUUGAUAUCCCUCAGAAAUACAUCGAUUCAUUUCGAGUGCCAGAUUGUCCUAAGUGUGGUGGCACGCUGAAACCGGAAAUAGUUUUUUUCGGCGAUAGUGUGCCAAAGGAUCGUGCAGAAAGAUUAGCGAAUUUGGUGUGCAACGCUGAUGGAGUUUUAAUAUUAGGUUCUAGCUUGCAAGUGUAUUCGGGAUAUCGAGUUUUAUUGUACAGUCAUGAUUUGAAAACGCCGAUAGCGCUGGUAAAUAUUGGCACGGUUCGUGGCGAAGAUAAAGUUCAGCUGAAAAUUUCAUCCAAAUGCGGUGAUGUAAUUCCCAAAUUGUUUCUUCAAUCGAAUUGAGAUGAAUAAAAAAACAUCCUUUUUACAAAAAAGAAAA